AUGGCUGCCAUUGAUUUAGAUAGCAAGGUCGAAAAUGACUAUGACAUUUGUUUGAAUGUUGAAAAUCCAACUUUACAAACAAAAGAAAGCCUCAAAGAUUACCCCUCUUCAACAUCUCCAGUUGAAACUUUGGUCGAGGAAGAUAUUAGCAAAUCUGUUUUCUUGGAAUCUAUUGAUGUAUCUAUCUCUUCUACCAGUCAUAGAAAACGUCAAGAAAACAUCGAGGCUAAUCAGAAAAUAUUACGUGAAAUGGGUCUUGAGAGACCACUAUCGUUUUCUUUGCAAAAACCACCGCCAACACCAAAAAAACAACCUCCUACUCAAAAAACUAAUAAAAGAAAACGCUAUGCAGGAGUUGAAAAAAAUAGAAUCGUGAGGUCUUUAAGAACAAGAACAAUCACUAUUGAAAAUUUAGGGUCAGCAGGUGGUCUAAGAAGAUCCAAUAGAUUGGCAAAUAAGCCAACAAAAUCUUUUACGGACGAAUGUUCCGAUGAAGAUAGUAAUGAUGAAUAUAGUAGUAAUGAAGAAGAUAGUGAUGAAUAUGAAGCAAGACCUAGAAAAAUUUAUCGUCCAAAACCUCCAUUAAAUCCAAAUUGGCGUGAAACACGACCUGAUCCAAAACAAUUCGGUGAAAUUCCUAACGUUCCAGUUGGUACUUGGUGGUUCACUCGUAUGGAAUGUUGUCAUGCAGGAGUCCAUGGACCGCCUGUUGCUGGUAUUGCUUAUUAUAGUGAAGGGGCAACAAGUGUUGCAUUGUCUGGCGUGACAUCUACAAUUAGUAAUAACACACUCGGUUCGACAUCGUCAUUAUCGUCAUCAUUAUAUAACAAUAUGCUUGAACAAAAGUCAUUUGAAUCCAAGAAUGUUGAAGUAGGAUACAAAAACGUAGAAACUAAUGGAAAUUCAUGGACUUCAUUCCUAUAUUCCAUGAAAUCUAAAGAACCUAGUGUCUCAACUGCACCUACUACAUCACCAAGAAAACAGACCUUUGAAACAGAAAAUAAAAUAAAUUCGACAAAUAAAGAAUUGACAAUUGAUUUAUUGUAUUCUGAUUUUAAAAAUAUUAGUUCUAGUUCAUUAUCAUCAGAAUUUGGAGAAAUGGUUUCAGCAAAUGAUUUGGAAAAUCAUAACAAAUUAAUAUUAACUGCAGAUUUAAUUGAUUUCACUAGUUGA